GUGCACCAGCUUGUCGUGCAUAAGAGAAUGUAGACUCUGUGAUACUGCCGUUGCUUUUCGGGGAUCUGUAAGCUUAAAAGCUCCAUCAUUUCUCUUCUGAGUCACAUCAUCACACUAAAUGAAUAAUCGAGAAAAGCAAGAUCAGAUGCUUUAUAUGUACUGGGCGAUUUUUUUUUUGGAAUUUGUAACCCAUUGUUUGAAAAUAGUUCCAUCACAGUGAGGAAUUUGGCUGAGUCUGCUUUUUGACGAAAAAAGGAUAUAGACUUGGGGCCUCAGCGGGCUUGAUUUAUCCGCCCAGAACCAGUCGUGAACAGCUAGCAUGGAAAGUGGCUGUGUAGACAGGACGUGACCUGGUGAACAGUGUGCGUCGAAGAUGUCGCUUUGCAAUGCAUAGUGCUUGAUGACGGAGCCCUUGCCAUGCGAAGAACCACUGGACGCUUUGAGAAUCCUACAUUCCGAAGGUGCAAACUCUCGGCUUUGAGCGUGCUCAGUCAAAGGAUAUAGCGGAUAUAAAACCGGCACCGGAGCUUUGUAGCACUGUGGGGAGGGAAGGGGAAUUAGUGAACUAUGCUCGGUCGGCCCUGGAGUGCCAUGCAGUCACGGCUGGAUAUGGGCGCCGGCUUGGAGCUGCCCUCCCUGCUGUGGGUGCUGGCCUUGGCGCUCCAGACUUGGGUGGGUGCUGCGGAGAAGCUGGACGAGUUGGACCCUGUGGUGACCACUGCAUAUGGCAAGCUGAGGGGCUUCAAGAAAGAACUCAACAACGAGAUUCUGGGGCCUGUGAUCCAGUUUCUGGGCGUGCCCUACGCGGCACCUCCUACAGGGGAGAGGCGAUUUCAGCCCCCCGAGCCGCCCACGCCCUGGAACGACGUCCGCAAUGCCACACACUUUGGCCCAGUGUGCCCACAGAGCGUUGUGGAGGGCAGGUUGCCUGAUGUCAUGCUGCCCGUUUGGUUCACCAACGGCCUGGAGGUGGUUUCGACCUUCGUGCAGGAGCAGAGCGAAGACUGUCUUUUCCUUAAUAUUUACGUGCCCACAGAGGAUGGUCCUCUUACAAAGAAACAGAAUGAUGAUUUAGGUGAUAAUGACGGUGCAGAGGAUGAAGACAUCCGUGAGAGUGGAAGUCCCAAGCCAGUGAUGGUUUUCAUUCAUGGUGGAUCUUAUAUGGAAGGAACAGGAAAUAUGUUUGAUGGCAGCAUAUUGGCCAGUUAUGGCAAUGUCAUUGUCAUAACCGUGAACUACCGGCUUGGUGUGUUAGGUUUUUUAAGCACAGGAGACCAGGCGGCCAAAGGCAACUACGGGCUCUUAGAUCAAAUCCAAGCUCUGCGCUGGACUAGUGAAAACAUUGCCUUCUUUGGUGGUGACCCUUUACGCAUUACAGUUUUUGGAUCUGGUGCUGGAGCAUCAUGUGUAAACCUCCUCACACUGUCCCAUUACUCUGAAGGUAACCGCUGGAGCAAUUCAACAAAAGGCUUGUUCCAGAGAGCCAUAGCUCAGAGUGGCACGGCUCUGUCCAGCUGGGCAGUGAGCUUCCAACCAGCUAAAUACGCACGUAUGCUGGCCAGAAAGGUGGGCUGCGACUAUCAGGACACAAUGGAACUAGUCGAGUGCCUGCAGAAGAAGGACUACAAGGAGUUGGUGGAGCAGGACAUCCAGCCAGCCCGUUACCAUAUUGCCUUUGGCCCAGUCAUUGACGGCGACGUGAUCCCGGAUGACCCGCAGAUUCUCAUGGAGCAGGGCGAGUUCCUCAACUACGAUAUCAUGUUGGGUGUAAACCAGGGUGAAGGUCUCAAAUUUGUCGAGCUGGUGGUGGACGGAGACAGUGGUGUCCAGGCCAACGACUUUGACUAUGCAGUGUCCAGCUUUGUGGAUGAUUUAUAUGGCUAUCCUGAGGGCAAGGACGUGCUGCGUGAGACCAUCAAGUUCAUGUACACAGACUGGGCCGACCGCCACAAUCCAGAAACCCGAAGGAAAACGUUGUUGGCUCUCUUCACUGACCACCAGUGGGUAGCACCCGCUGUGGCCACGGCUGACCUGCACUCCAGCUUCGGAUCGCCAACUUACUUUUAUGCUUUCUACCACCACUGCCAGACGGAGCAGGUGCCUGCGUGGGCAGAUGCAGCUCAUGGAGAUGAGAUCCCUUAUGUAUUUGGCCUGCCGAUGAUCGGCCCCACUGAGCUCUUUCCUUGCAACUUUUCCAAGAAUGAUGUGAUGCUCAGUGCUGUGGUCAUGACCUACUGGACCAACUUUGCUAAGACGGGUGACCCCAACCAACCAGUGCCACAGGACACCAAGUUCAUACACACCAAACCCAACCGCUUUGAGGAGGUGGCAUGGACAAGGUAUAACCAGAAGGAGCAGCUUUAUCUGCACAUUGGCUUGAAACCUCGUGUUAAAGAGCACUACCGUGCCAACAAAGUCAACCUGUGGCUCGAGCUAGUCCCACACUUACACACCCUCAACGAGAUCACACAAGUCGUCUCGUCCACAAGCACCACCACCAAGGUGCCUGCGCCAGACGAGACACCACGGACUCCCAAGAAGAUGCCAGCCAACACCAAGAGGCCCUUCCCCACACCUUUUCCAACUGAGAUAAAGGAUACAAGCCAAAUCCCGAACCACAACCAACCGUUUUUCGUGGAGCAGCGUGACUACUCGACUGAGCUAAGCGUCACCAUUGCCGUUGGAGCUUCCUUGCUCUUUCUCAACAUACUGGCCUUUGCUGCACUCUACUACAAGAAGGACAAGAGACGGCAGGAUGGACAUCGGCGAGGAAGCCCUCAGCGUGCCAAUGCCACCAGUCAACUGGCACCCGUACCGGACGAGGAACUCAUGUCGCUGCAGAUGAAGCGUGGAGAGCUAGAGCGUGAGUGCCCACUUGUCCUGAGGAGCAGCUGUCCGCCUGACUACACCUUAGCCAUGCGUCGCUCACCAGACGAUGUACCACUCAUGAGCGCCAACACCAUCACCGUCUUGCCCAGCACCAUGCCCAGUGCUCUCGGACCAUUGCAUCCAUUCAACAGCUAUGCGGGAGUGCAGCACAACAACACACUGCCCCACCCACAUCCCCAUUCGCACUCCACAACUAGAGUAUAGCCACACAUGUGCACACAUAUACUCAAAGGAUUUCGGUUUCAGUGAAGCAUAUCUAUGCUUUGACCGUUUUGCAUAACAUGGAAUACACCGUGACGUUUCUUUUGUCUCCAUUCGGAGGAAAAUGACCAUUUUAUAUUAGAAAUGUAAAAUGAGGAGAAAAUUGCUAAACUAUUUCAGAUUUAAUAAAAAAUAAACAGAGAUGGAUGAUUUUUUUUUUAUCCUGGUAUCAUAGACAAUGCCUGGUCUAUUUCCUGACAUAGAAGUAUCACAAGUUGGUUUGAAAGAAUGGUUUGAUUCAGUUACAGUUCAGAAGCUGUGGAAGAGAGGGCACGUUGAAGGCCCUGUGUAAAUGAAAGAAAUAUAUUGUUUUCCAGAGGCACUCGAUUGUCGAGUGCUCUCUCUGGAGCGGACAGGAGAUGCUGCUUACUUAAGUUAGGCAUGUGUUCUCCUAUAGACGGAGGCAUUGUAAGAUACAGAAUUACACAUUGCUGGAAAAAGAGGGGUGGACAAGAACUUCUCAAGAAUAUGCACAAUGUCUUGGAAUCUUUUUUUUCUGGAUUUAUUUUUGGGAACAAUUUUAUUGUAUAGAAUCUAUUUACAUAUCUAGAUAUGUACGCAAAGCUGUUUAAGCUCUGACUCUGGGGCAUCAGUACUGGAGAAUCUGCCAGCAGUACAAAGAGUGGGGUGGGAACGUCACUGGUUUUCUGGCAGAUACGGCUUCAUCACACAAGUGCUGUCUGUAUGGAGAACUGGAGGACAAAAUAUGGGAAGCUGGAUAUUUUUUAGCACGAAGCGCAUGACAAUUUAUCUGCUUGGUGGCUGUUCUGCUGAUUAAGUCUUUAUUAAAAAAAAAUAUAUUCCCCAUUGGAUCUGUUUGAGGAAAUACUCUGAUUGGCUCAGAAUUCUACCAAAAUCGGAAUAUGUUGACGUGGACAAAGGCAACACAUCCUGAUCGGAGAUGGGAAGCUGAAAAGUGUGGGGUUGGGGCAGGGACAUGCUACUUAGAGUGCAUUCACAAAUAGCUUGAGUGAACGUGGUUAUAAGGACUAGUUUUGUACAAUGUGUCUUGGUAAAACUUUUUAAUAGUGGUGAGUCACUUGCUGUUUGAGAUCCCGUUUGUGGGAUAAUCAUGGUAUUUUUUUUUUUUCUCUUCUUUAAUUUGCUAGUUUGGGGUUGCUGUAUUACAUUAAGUUUAUUUAUUUUUAUUUGACCACUUAUAAGCUUCAUCAUGUAAUUCAUUUAUUUGCCAUACUUAAAUCAGGAAGUACCCUGCAUAACAGAAGCCCCAAGAAAUGAAGUUGCUGGGAAUCAUUCUGCAUAACUUUAGUUCUCCGGAUUGUGAUUGGUUACAUUGAUUUUCUUUUGCUCGUACUCUUUUAUUGAGUCCCCUGCUGUAGCCCUACUUAAAGAUGAAUGCUUAUAAAUUUUUCCCUGAUGCAGGGAGGCUCUGCUGACAGUGUAGAUUUGAAGGCCCUCUCAUCUUCUUUUGCCCACAUCUGAUCACAGCAGGUGCUGAGGUGGCGGUGGGGAAAAAAAAAAUAAAAAGGAAAAAAAAAUUAACUGAACUUUACUAGUAGAGGAUCAGUUUCCACACUAUAUCAGUAUCAUUGGAAACGCCUUUAAAUUCAUUGCCCAUGUUGAUUAGCAUGUCUGUCAUAUUUUUGGCUGUACUUCAGUCAUUGCUGCCAUUCUUAGAUAGAUGUGUUUUUAAUUUAAUUUAAUUUUUUUCCAAAACAAGACGACCUUCUAGGUUUUUCUAGUCAGCAGUUCUCCACGGGCAAUCAGUAUUUAGUUUGCCCCUAUUCAGCUUCUCCACAUAAACAUGUUAUAGCACUGUGGAGAACCGGGUAACCUGUCUAAAAUUCAGCUUUGCUUCAGUCUCUUUUGUCAUUCCAAAUUUCCCUCUAUGUGUGUGUAUGAAUAGAGAAGGAGGUUGAAGAAACGUCUGACUCUCUGCGUCCUUCCUAAUCCGGUUGAUCACUGGCGGUGGGCGGUAUGACAGCUGAUCCCACAAAUCAGCUGUAGUUCUUAUUAAAGUUCAGAACUCUACGCAGCGACACGACAUAUUACCCUACAUUCACACUGCGACAAUUCAACAAGCGACAGUUUGCUAUUUACAUGUGUGACAUGGAGCCACAAUUUGUGCAAGUGACAUUUGCAUUGAGAUUUUUUGAACUAUGCAAAUUAUGUACAAUGUGGUAAAGCGUUUUAUCCAAGCUUAUCGAUUCGAAUGAUUUCCUACGGCACAUAUGGUCUGAAAUAUCUUAGGUUCCCUACUCACAACUUUAGUUCCUACCAGCAGUUACUGUCACAUGCAAAAAUGGAAGAAAACCCCAUAGCCAUAGUUUCGUGUUAUCCUGUCAUAUACAGCCGCUCAUUAAAUGUGUAGAGAAAAACAAAGUAAUGAACAGAUGUUCCUAGUAGCAAAGAUCAUGCAGUUAUUGUAAAAAGCUGGGCGAAGCCAGUCAUUGAUCAGUCAGUGAUCAAAUUCUUUAUCAGAUGUUAAAGAGACAAAAAUACUGUCAAAUUAUUUUCAUAUUGUUGACAGAAGCUAAUAUAUGCUGGCUGCAACGGAGGUUAUUACUGGUAAGAUUCUUAGAAUAAAUAAUCAAUUUUAUUGAUUUUAAAUGGGUAACUAGAAUGUGUAUUAAAAGCAGGUAAACAUCUUUAUUUUUAUAAAUAUUAUAUAAUUAAAAAAGAAUGGCAAGCAUAGAAAUAGAAAAAGCAUAGAAAAUGCACUGCAUUGAACCUACCUGUUGCGUAACGACUGGCUUUUGUGCCGAUUCUAAGCGGCUCAAAAUUGGAAAAAUAACAGCUACAAUGUUCAAACAAUGUUAGGGUGGCUUCCUAAAUUCCUUUAGUUUGUCUUUGCAUAUUCAACUUGAAAUUGGAUUUAAAGGUCAUUUUGCUUUAUACUUUUUUCAAGGAAUAGGAAGCCAAAGAAUACCAAACAUAUCAGUUAAUAACAUGAACCAUUGGUUUAUUCUAUGAAAUACGUUGAUCUCAAUCAUUUUACACCAGACCAUCAUAUCAUUGUUUGCUCAUACAUACCGCCCACUCGUCCUCCUCACCACACACUUUCACAAUUAACCUCAACGUAUUCGAAAUUUGAGAGCCCUAUGACUAAUAUGGUGCCAGUGAGGAGUGAUUAAUUAAAGUGCUUGUGAGUUCAGAGAGAUAUGGGUUAUUCAGAAAAGUCACAGUGACACACAGGCACACUGCCAGUGAGAGGAUAGAAGGGGGUGGGGGUUGUGAUAAGGACAGAGGACUUAAAAAAAAUUAAACAGAAAAUUAUAUAGUUGUCCCAGGGCCCUGCUGACCUGUGACACAGCAAAGGUCCCAAACAAGAUGUUCCUUUCUACAACAUGGACUCAGCUGGGCUGCUGCAUUCCUGUCCACUCCGUUCCUGCUGAGCAGCACAGUAAAUACAGUGCAGGAUAAUCUGGAGCAUUAACUAAAGCCCAUCACACAGCUACACUCACUCAAUCAAUACAGGUAUGUAUAUGCAAAGCAGCCCUGCCCCAAGUUCCCUUCCAAACGAGACUCCUUUUGUGCGAGGUUCAAAUUUAAUGAGCCGUUCAUACGAGGGCUCCUUUGAGGAUUUGUCCCAUAUAUUUGCAUGUAGGACCAAGGUGAGAGCUGGGAAACAUCAGUUACCGAUGAGAGCUGCAGGGCUCGAUCUCACACACCAUCAACAGGAUGAGCCUCAUGACUGAAUGUAUUACAACAUCGAGUGUCAUUUACUAUUUUUUUUUUGUCUUUCUUUUUCCCUUUUGUUCUAUCUAAGCUUCAAAGGGAUGAUCAGAAUGCCUGUUCAUGGGAACCAUAUCAGAGGGCAGUUGUAAUGUAGAUUAUUUGUCAUUCUGUCUUUAUUUCUGG